AUGUUACGAGCGUUGAUGUACACCUCCGGCAUCGGCUCUUGGUCUGCAUUGGACGAAUUAUCCCAGAAUCCAUCUCACUGGCAGGCACACAAAAAAUGGACCUUCAAGCGGGACGGCUUCUUAUGCACACUCGCAGGAUUCAACCUCAUCCUCGCCUCUGCCUUGUUUGCCGCUAGUGGUGUGCCUCUUUCCAAGUGGUCGGGAGACCAUUUAACCCGUGCACUCGCAUUCGCCACCUUGUUUUCUUUACAAACCGGCUUCUAUGUUGGGAUAUAUUAUGCAUGUAAUGUUGAGCAGGGACAAGAUGCCACCCACCAUAUGUGGUACUACUUAUGGGUGCACUCACUACCAUUGCUCGCCGCAGUUGGGUCGAUGAUAUCAUCGAUAACUUCAGUAGUGAUGGCUUUCUGGCUUCAUUACAACCCUGCUGGACUUGCAUUUCGGGUUAUUUUCACGGUUGUUGCACUCGUACCCAUGUUUUAUGUCAUAUUCAUGAUUGUUUGCCACUACUUCAGACGCAAUUAAUUUAUAUAUUUAUGGUCCUCAAUACUUCUUACUAGCGAGUAGCACAUUACGAAUAUGGUGAUCUCUGUCUCAAUUAUUCUAAGGAUCAUCUUUCUACUCGCAAUGUCCU